UUGACAGAAAGGUGGGCCCGAUGCCGUCUCAGCUGUGGGCCCGAAACGAGUAAAAUACAGCGACAAGCAGCCCAAGUCCCUUGUUCUAAAGUUGGUGACACGUAAUUUUUUUUUCGUCGUUCCAUUUGAAGUGGCAAAAAUCGAACCAUGGAGACGUCAAACAAUGAUUGUUUUAAGCAAAAUUGAGCAAAACUAUUUCUUUUAAAAACUCUGAGCUUCGCAGAGACUGAACACAAAAUGGAACAUCUUUAAAUGAUCAGUGUUAAGCAAGACCUGACUGGGUUUAGCCACGCAUGUGUGUUUCUAUGACAACCACAGUUUUUUCCUAAUUUCUAAUAACAAGUGGAAAAUGGUUCGAGUGACGUUGCAAUACAUAUCAAGGAAGGGUUCUCAAAAUGCUCCUAAACAUGGGAAGGAUUUGAAGGAACAUGCAAGAAGACUUACACAUUUAUAUUUAAAUGAUCAGUACAUUGAUUCAAUUGGUGACAUAUCUGUUUGUCAAAACUUGAAGGUUUUAUUUUUGCAAAACAAUCAGCUACUGAAAAUAGAGGGUUUGGACUUUGCAUCACAGCUGACUCAUCUAUACUUGCAAAGAAAUAAAUUAAACAAAAUUGAAGGAUUUGAGAGACUGGUCUCACUUCAGAAGUUGUACUUGGGGAAUAACUCUAUCUCAGUGGUAGAGGGAUUGGAAAAUCAAAGCUGUUUACAGGAGUUGCAUAUAGAGCACCAAAGUUUAUGUCCAGGGGAAGAAAUUAUAUUUGACCCUCGUUCUAUUGCUGCUUUAGGGCAGUCUUUACAAGUAUUGAACAUUCAAGGCAACAACAUCACAUCUUUGGAAGAUCUUGUUGGUCUCGAAAAAAUGAGGACCCUUCUGGUUGCAAGCAACAACCUGAGUGAUAUCACUAAAAUUCAAGCAGUUCUUUCAGCCAUACCAUCUCUUAUCGAGCUGGAUAUGCGAGACAAUCCAGUUGUUCAAGACUACAAGAAUUGCAAUAGGAUAUUAGCUAGUUCUCACAAUUUGCGAGUUUUGAAUGAGAAACAAAUUUCUAUGAGAACCCUUGAUUUCAUGAAAAAGUUUGAAGAACAUGAACAAAGAGUGAAGGCACGCCAGCCCAUACAAGCUCCUGCUGACCUGAUCAACAGUAUCUCAGAACUUGCUUCAAAUCUACCAGAGGCCUUAGCAAAGGAUGUUACAUCAAGUAUUUUCAUGGGCACUGCUCUGAGAAAUGUUAAGGAAAACAUUGGAAACGGCCAUCAAAAUAGUUCGGCCUCUGAAAUGGCUCUUUCUACUCCAUUUGAAGGAGGUCCCUUCUUCCAUUUCCCUGCCUUCAAAUCUUCUACAUGUCUUCAGUAUGAUGGUCAUACAAUACCUAAGCCAUUCCAUCGUCAACUUAUUUUAGGAACUCAGCUUGGACACAGGCAACAGCCGCCAAGAAAACUGAAACCUACAACCAUGCCAAAAUGCGAUAAACUAUCCUCAGCUGUCAUUGUGGCCAACAGUGACAUCACUCAGAACUUGAAAGGUGCACUAAAGCAAACAAUUUGUGGAGACAUGGUUAGUACAAAAUAAAAACCCUCGGACUCAGUAGAUAAGAUUUG